AUGUAUUUUCUCGGUUUUCUUUGGUUGUUAUCAAGCGCGGCUGCGUCACCAAUUGUCACAAAAUAUGAUAGGAGCCAACCGUCGGAAGAUGUAUCGAAAAUUUCGUAUAUAAUUCUAGAGCCUGCUGAUUUCUUACAAUUGGGCAAUUAUCCAUGGAACCCAGAAGUGACUGAUAACUCGGAAGGAUCAAGAAUAUUUGUAUUGAAAGGAAUAGGCAACAAGAAAUUUGGCCAUUUAAAUGCUUUAAAACAGCAACAACAAAGUGGGGUAAACCAAUUCUCAAUCAGUGACUAUACGGAGGGUAAUAAAUUAGAUGGAGCAAGUAAAAUCGAUGGAAUAAAUGUCUUUGAUCGACCAUGCGAUAGAUACCACGCCAACGAGGUUACAGCUAAAGUAAACGCGGUAGAACCUGAAGUAAAAAUUAAUAGUGUUAAAGAAUAUAAGAACAAGGAGGAAGGUCAGAAACAAGAACAACCUGCUUUCACAAGCAAUGAAGAAGUAAAACCUGUUGAUACGUUAGUUAUUCCCGCUCCACCAUCUAUUGACGUGUCCACAACUACGGUUCAGAACCAAAAUUCUUUAGUUUCAGAUGAAUCAAGUUAUAAAUACCAACCUGAAAGUUACAAAUUAGUCAAAAAUAAACCUGAGCUCAAUGAAGGACAGGUUAAUUCAGAUGUCAGUAUAGGUAUUUCAGUACAACCACCAUCAUCUAUUAAGUCUUCAAACUUAAAUGAACUAUGGAGCUUCCAAGACAAUAAUGCAAAAGAACCAGUUACAAAUGACCUCAGCAUAGUAGAUCAGUAUAAAACUAAAAUCAUAGACAACCCUGUGAAAGAGUCUGACCCGAGUGAAGAAGACACAAGACCCAUCAUAAAGUUGAAUAUUCCUGCACCUCCCUCUAUUGACGGUACUAUUACAUUACCUUCAGGUUAUUCGACAUUGUCAGCUCUUCAAAACGAGGAAAGAAUGCUUAUGGAGAAAAUAAAACAUCUGAAAUUGCACAUUCAGGAUCAAACCGAAAAAACCGUAGACAAGUCAAGUUACGAUUAUCAUCCUGAGCUGUACGAUAUAGAAGUUGUUGAUAAAAAACCAUCUAUCGACGUAUCAGCUAUCCAUAUCUCAGCACAGGGGAGCAAAGUGGAAAAACCAGCAGACACAUCUAAAGUAGUUAAAAAUGAUAGUGACUUGGGAUAUUACCCUAAAACCGAAGGCGUUAAAAAAGAAACAAUCACACUCAAAAAAGAAAUAAAACCUAUCGUAAAGUUGAAUAUUCCCGCACCGCCGUCUCUUGACAAUACUAUCAAAUUAUCUUCUGGAUACUCGUCUUUGUCAGAUGUCCAAAAUGAAGAAGGAUUAAUUCAACAAAAGGUAAAACUCGGUAGACUAAACAAACAAGAAGCACCUGAAGCACCCGUACAAGCCGACAUAUCCGAAAGCCAAAGCCAUCCUGAGAUAUACAAAUUGGUUAAAGGUAAUAUAAAUCCCGUGUUUAAUGCUGAUAAUGUCAAUAAUGAAGCUAGUGUAAAGGAUGUAAAACCUGUCAUAAGUAUGGAUGUUACUUCCUCGCCAUCUAUGGAUUCAUCAGUGGGUCACGAUACAAAUCAAUGGGUUGCUGACACAGUUUUAGAUGAGAAGCACUCUGAAGUAAACAGUGAAGAUCUCACAAACACAAAAGAUAAUAAACCUGUAGUGAUAUUAAAUAUUCCACCUCCACCGUCUAUUGACAAUAGUAUCACGUUACCUUCAGGAUAUUCAUCAAUAGAAGCUCUCCAAAAUGAAGAAAGAAAUAUCCUACGUAGAAUAAAAAAUGUUAGAGUUAUCAAACAAAAGCAACCUGGUCAAGUAAUAGAAUCGUCAAACUUCGGAUAUCAUCCUGAACAUUAUAAGGUUGAGGUUGUGAAGGAAACUCCAGAUGUCAACAUGGAAGACGUGAAGCCUGUCGUGACGGUAAACAUUCCGGCUCCACCGGCAAUUGAUUCAUCAACUCUUUAUGAUAAAAACCAAGUUGUGGAAGAAAAUAAUGGCAAGACGCAAGAACAACCAGUGUACGUUUUACACCAUAAUAAUGAAGAGAACUAUUCCAAAACUAACACAGAAGAAGUUAACCCUGACGAGUCCGUACCCAACCAGGAACCUUUGAAGCCUGUGGUUCCGUUACAUAUUCCGCCUCCACCAUCUAUCGAUGACGCCAUCGUGUUACCUUCAGGAUAUCCAACACUACCAGCGAUCCGAAACGAUGAAAUAAUUUUACUGCAAAAAGUGAAAGGAAAUAUUCAUCAAGUGCAGAAGCAACCAGGAAAAAUUGUAAAAGAAUCUGAUAACUAUCCUGCGCAAGCCAACAGAGUGAAAGUUGUUGAAAACCAACCUCAGCCUGAUGUUGUAGAAGCGAGUCAAACAGUUAAGUACAAUGUUCCUGUACCACCUUCACUUGGUCGUUCGAUAGGUCUACCAUCAGGUUAUUUAACACAAUCAAAUAUUCAAGAUUUGGAAAGAUGGAUUAUACAGAAAAUUAAAGAACAAAGACAGAAACAAACCGUUAAGGUUUCAGAACAGAAGGUUGUAGUACCUGUCAGAAAUGUCGUCGGGUUUAAACCUGCUGUCAAAACAAAUAUCCCUCUUCCGCCAUCAAUUGACCGUGUUUCACUGUCAUCAGAAUACUCCGAGUAUCCCAAACAGAACAAGGUGAAAUUUGUCAGGAAGCUGCCCCCCGUCCACAUUCGAGGACCAGUAAUACGAUGGAACACCCCAGCCCCACCGACUGUAACUAAAAGGGUAGUAAAUGUUUCCUCUGGAUAUCCAUCAUUGUCAGUUCGUAGUAAUGAAAAUAAUGAAUAA